GUGUUAUUGACGAAAGAGCAGUACAGCAAUGAAAAAGCUUUUUAGUGUUUUCCUGACUUUAACUGCUUGUGUAUUAUAUGUAGAAUUGACGACAGGUCCAUGUACAAAUUAUGACAAUAUAGAGAAUGAAGAGAAAAGAUCUUCAAGUUAUAUUUACGACUUCGAUACAGAUAUAGCUAUAAGUGAUGAUGUCUUGCAAGAGGGUUGGUAUAGGAUUAUCAGCAGAUCAGGUACAGACAUGCCGACUGAACCACCAGCUACAUUUAGAUGUGGAACAUGGUACCCCAUAUGGCUUAAUGGUUCCUUACCUUCAGUCGAUGAUGGGGUGGUGACGAGAAAAGUUUGUACACGCACCUUUACAGAUUUUUGUGAGGAUUUCUGGAAUAUCGAUAUUAAAAACUGUACAGACUUUUAUGUUUAUAAUCUGAAAACAAGCAAACGAGCAAAGUCUGCAUAUUGCUUUGGCACAGGAGGUGUACAAUGUCCAAUGGGCGAGUCUUCAUACAAUGGGUAUUAUCCAGGCUGCACUAACACAGGGUUUCCAACUGCUGAAAUAAUACCACAUGUAGUAUCAACAUUAGAUGACGGACCUCCUGCUAAUCCGGACGAAUCUAAAAUUCCAAGUCUUGUCGUUGUCUUCCAGUGCAUGUUUGAUCAAGUUUCAAACUACGUGUACGAUGUCUAUUGGUAUAUAAAUGAAUAUUAUGUCACCGAACACAACAACAAAUUGUACAGUAGUAUAAGACAAACAGACCUUCGUCCCGAUGACUGGGUUGGAAAUCAUUACAUGAAUAUGAUAGUAAGGUGUUCUGUAAGACUACGAAAUGGAGCUGAAAGCCUUCCAGGUCCUUAUUAUGACAGUAACUGGUUCAAAGCCGGUUUAUACCCAGAUCAAUUUCAAUACCAAGUAAUUGAAAGUGAGAGCACGAUAAUCUCAUAUACAGCUACCGUUCCAGUUGGUUGUUUUCGAGCUGACCAAGUCUCACAUUGUAAUCAUUUACUUUACGUUACACAGCCGAAAUACCAAAAUGUGCCAACAACUUGUUCUUCAAGCAACAUUUUGCAACAGGACAUUGCCUUCGACAGUUUCCAGUCCUGUGGGUUAACAGUUCCGUCACAAUAUAGUGGACAGUCAAUUCAGUUUAAUGUGACAGGUUAUGUUGACGGUCAAUACAGUGGGAGCAGAAAAAGAUCAACAAAAAUAAGACUAAUGUCACUCAUAAGUACAGUUGAUUUAACAGGUGCUUGGAACAACAUAACAAGUCCUGACAUUGAGAUUUUAGUCUCAGACGCUGAUGAAAAAAUGAAAAAUCGCCUAUGUAGAGUCUUCAACGAUCCUCACUUUUGGACUGCGGACAGAACACGGUAUGAUUACUAUGGUGUUGGAGAGUACAUCCUGUACAAAAAUACAAAAUAUCCAUAUCAGGUUAAUGCAUUGUUUACAAAAUGUGGUUCUGCAUCCUGUAACUGUGGGGUGGCUAUUCAGGCUGGCCAAUCUCUUUUUGUUCUUAGAAUUUGUAAAAAUAUAUCCAAAAAAGUUAAAUACGUCCGUGGGCUAUCGACACCUUUCGUCGAUAAACGCAUCUGUGAUGACAAAAGCAUGGUCAUAGAGGAAAACACCAGUUCAGGAAUAUAUGAUGUGACAUUGUCUAUCGGAACAACAGUAAGCUUUAAGGUUAGCGGGGAAUAUAUCCGUUACAUUACUGUAAAACCAUCUGUCCUCGACCUUGGGAGCGCAGAAGGACUUUGUGGAUACAUAAGCAGUGAAAACGGACAAAGAGAUGAUGAUUUACGUAAAAGGAAUGAAACCGAGGCAACAACAUCUAUAGAAGAUUUUGCCAAAUCAUGGGAGGUAACAGGGACCAGUGAGUCCUUAUUUGCAGAAAACCCGCCAGUUUUAUCAUAUGAGAAUAGUUUACAAUCUUACUGCACGUGUGCCAAUGUGGGUGGACCUCAAGGAGGAAUAACAGACAACUACUUUCUGCACUGCAACCUUUCUCAACCAAUGGAAGCAUGUUAUGAUGUUCAAACUGACCUCUCUUUAGAUACAAGAUGUUCAGAUGGCAAUCGAAAAAAAAGGUCAGCUAGUGAUCCACUAAAAAGGGUGAUUAGAAGCACUGAUGAUACUGAUGAUGUAAUAGAUUUUACACCACUGACUUUUUCAGAAAACGUUUUCAACGACUCAGUCCCUCAUGAGGUACCGAAAUGGAGCAACGGAUGGACGUAUGAACUUGCGGAGUCUACUUGUAGAGAGUAUAUAAACGAAAGAUUUCCACAUGAUUUAAGUGACAUAACUGGGGAAUAUCCAGAUGACUACAUUGGAACCUGUGUUGAUGAUAUAAAGGCUGCAGGAGAUACAUCGUUUAUGUCUACAACUUUGGACACCAUGCUUACGGCCGCAAAAGUAGAAUUGGAGAGGAACCAAACCCUUAAGGAAGAAACAACAGAAGACGGUAGAACUUUGCUAGAAAAACUCACAAGUCUACUUUGUUUAAACAACUGUAGUUCUAAUGGAAAUUGUAUCAACGGUAUAUGCGUUUGUAACUCCAUGUUUGGUGGGGAAGAUUGUUCCAAGUCAAGGACCACAGCACCUACCAACAUAAGCGUACCUGAACUAGGGUUAUGUCAAUCUAGAACGAGAUCAUGUAAGAAGACUAACGUUAUGGGGCAUUUUAUGCCUCCUGAUGUUUGGUGCAACAUUCAACAUUUUGAGAUUCUGGAAAACAACAUAUCAUAUACAGGGUCACCAACUAUUUCGAAAGCAGAUAUUAAACAUUCUUACAUGGUGUCGUGUGAGUUUGCAAAUGCUAGACGAAAGAGAUCAACGUCCAAUACAACGGUCUUUGCAGAUGGUUAUGAGAUUAGUUUAUCCAAUGAUGGUUCCAAUUACGGUGAAGUCGUAACUUUAAUUGUGUAUGACGAAGAAUGUUAUUCCUGUAACACAGUUAACGUCACGUGUACUGCUAUUGAAACAUGUCCUCUGACAAGAACUGAACAAACAGAAUCAGGAAAAGUACGGAAUGAAGAAAACGAUGAAAACAAUGUUGUAUUACCUAUUAGUAUUAUAGCAGGACUUAUUGUUCUUGCAGCGUUGAUUGGGUUCAUCGUUUACAAAAUCAAACAUAAAGAUAUCGGGCACAGACAAAUUAAUACUUCUGCGAAAGGAGAACAACCAGGAGACCUAUUGUCAUAUGAUUUCGCAACACAAAACAUACCACCAAAAUUGAAUGAGUUAGAUCAGAUGCAAACUCCCCAUUUAACGAAGGAAUAUUCAUCAGCAUCGAGUUUUUCUGUCGAACUGAAUAGCGUUGAAAGAAGAACACCAGACCAUUUAUUUUUGGUUGACAACAAAUACAAUUAGGUGCACAUCAAGCAAGAUGAAAUUUUAUAAAACAAUUCGUGCACCUUUUUUUUAUUGGAUCAAUAUCUUUUAUAGUAUCGUACAAACAAAAUAGAGAUAAAAGUUUCAAUGAGCAGUUCAAGACGUUUGAAGAUGUGUGAUUAUUACAUUGUAACAUUGGAUUCAAUAUCAUGAAGUUUUAGUCUUCACAUAUUGUCAAACCAUCAAACUUUUUCUUGUUUUUUAAUUGUUAGUUUUUUGUUUUACAUUUUGACAAGUACUAAAUGGGUAUGGUUCAUAAGUGUUUCUUGUUUUUUAUAUAGAUUAGACCGUUGGUUUUCCCGUUUGAAUGGUUUUACACUAGUAAUUUUUUGGGGCCUUUUAUAGCUUGCUGUUCGGUGUGAGCCAAGGCUCCGUGUUGAAGACCGUACUUUGACCUAUAAUGGUUUACUUUUAUAAAUUGUGACUUGGAUGGAGAGUUGUCUCAUUGGCACUCAUACCACAUCUUCUUAUAUCUAUAUAUAACGAUCUUGACCCCAUGAUGGUUUCGCACUUUCUGUUUUUAUAACAUUGUUCCAUACCUAAAAAUGUGUCUUUAAAUUGCGGACGUCUUUAGAUAGAUCAAAGCUAAUAUUUCCAUAGAUUCGUGAUUUCAGUUUUUGAUGAGGUUCGUGUUGUUCAGUCUUUAGUUUUUCUAUGUAGUGUUGUUUGAUUUUCUUCGACUUAUGAGAAUUGAAUGUUUCAUUGGUAUUACGGCCUCUUUGUGGCUACUUUUGAGUAUUUGUCACAAUUAUCAAAUGUUGUGGGGACGGGACACUUCAAACCAAAGCCAAACCGAUUUAGCGUCUUCAAUGCACUUUAAUUCGUUUUCCCCGUUUAAUGUUAAAUCUUUGAGAGAGGAAAAAGCAUUUGAUGGUUGAACAUGAUGUAAUGCUUAAUUGAAGCUGUCCCAAUACGAUGAUCUAAAUGAUAUAUGUUGACUGCAGACAUAAUUGAAAGUUAGGGAAUAUCUGUUUCACAGAUGACGAUGGGAUAUGUUCCAUUGCCGUAACUAUUAUCCCGUCCACUUUUCCCGAAGCGAAAGCCUGCCGAAUUGGACGUAUCACCGGGAUUGUUAUUCGUGAGCAACACGGUGGGUGCCAUAUGUGGAGCAGAAUCUGCUUAUUCUUCCAGAGAUCACCCACCGUGUUUUGUGGGGUUCGUGUUGCUCAGUCUUUAGAUUUCUAUGUUGUGUUUGCUGUUGUUUGCCUGUUUGUCUUUGUCCUUUUUAGCCAUUGCGUUGUAAUUUUUAUUCGACUUGUGAGUUUGAAUGUUCCUUUGGUAUCUUUCGCCUCUCUUUCGAAAAUUUAAGCCAUUUAAGAUUUUUUUCAGAUUUGAAUCUUUUUGCUUUCUUAAAUAUUAACUUUUCCCGUUAAAUUUUAUUUUCAUACUGAUUACUGCGUAUGACGUGUGCCUUAUAUUAGUAAACUGAAGCAAGGAAUUCAGUAAGUAUCUUAUUGGCUGAUACCUUAGCACUAUGUGUAGAAAAAAUAUGAUAAAGGCGAAAAUAAAGAAAACGAAUACCUUCUCUUUCUUUGGUGAUAAUUAUAUAAAAAUAAACACUGAAAAUGCACUACGGGUAAUUAAUUUGUUUUAUUUUCUGUACUCAACUUUUAAGUGAUAGAAUUUUGUUACUGAAUGCUUUUCAAAUAUUUACACUUAAUUUCUUUCGGAUUUGUCUUACUUAUAGUAUUUUGUUUGAACUAUUAAAUCCCCCCAUUUUGUACAAAUAAUUGAAGGGUAUGUAAUAAGAGAACUUGACAUAUCUUUGAAACAAAACACGACCUAUCAGUCAAUUUGCUAUAAAUAUCCAUUUCGAUCUGGCUAAACUUGUAUUAGCUUUCUGGGAUACGAUUUAUAUAUAUACAAUGUUUAUUUAUUUUGAUAUUUACUGAACUGUGAUAUUUGAUUAUUAUAAAAGUGAUAUACAAGUAUUAUUAUUUCUAAUGUUUACACAAUUUUUAAAGAAGUAUCUACACACAUCUCAUUUAUUUUGAUUAUGUACUUCGUUUUGAAUAAAAUAUUUAUUGAAUGUU